ACUAUUCCUUAAUUUAAUUCCAUUACCAAACCAUGUCCAAGCAGGUCCACAUUAUCACAAUUCUCAAACCUUCAUCUUCUUCCCUUGAUAAGAUAUUCAAUAUAUUCAUCAAGUAUAUACUCCUCUUUCGAAAACUCCAAAAUCAUGUCUUAAUCUUCUUUCCAAGUGGCCAAUUCUCAGUUGUGUACUUGUUAACAUCACCAGAAAAUUGUCAAUAUUGUAUAAUAUUGACAAUUUCUUGUCCUUUUCCAUUUCUAAAGUCUUGCAUUAAGGAAUCCAUCAUUUGAGUUUCUGGGUUUUUGUUCUUGAUUGGGAUUGGAUCACAUUUUGUACAAAAGAUGGAUCAUCCUUUUCUGAGAGGUGAGAGUAGCAGUCGUACGGGAGUGUUUAAAAGGAGGUCUGAUGCAAUUACUCGUGGGUCUGUUUAUCAAAGGGCUGCUGCACUUGUGGAUCUGGCAGAAGAUGGUGUUGGUCUACCGGAGGAGAUUUUGGAUGAGGAAAACUUUGAAAGUUCAGCAAAAUUGUAUUUUGUUUAUACUCGACUGGAUUUCCUUUGGUCGCUCAACUAUUUUGCAUUGAUAGCCAUAAAUUUUUUGGAGAAACCUUUGUGGUGUGGGCGAUACAGUGAACAUUCCUGUAAUGAUCGAGACUAUUAUUUCCUUGGUCAACUACCAUACUUAACUGGUGUCGAGUCUCUUAUUUUUGAGAUUGUAACUCUAUUGAUAUUAUGUGCCCACACUAUAUUUCCAAUUGUUUAUGAAGGUUCACAAAUUUACUGGAAGAAGGCUUUGAAUAAAUUGAAGGUUAUUCUACUCAUUGUCCUGGCAGUUGAUAUUUUAAUAUUUGGGCUCUAUCUAUCGCCUCUGGCUCUCAAUUUGCUUCCUUUCAGGAUUGCUCCGUAUAUACGAGUCCUCUUUUUCAUUCUUAAUAUUAGGGAACUAAGAGGCAGUGUCAUUGUCUUAGCUGGGAUGCUUCCUACUUAUCUCAAUGUCUGGGCACUCACACUUCUGUUUCUAUUAUUUUCGAGCUGGAUAGCUUACGUCAUGUUUGAAGAUACCCAACAGGGAGCAUUACUUUUUACGUCAUACGGUUCUACUUUGUAUCAGAUGUUUGUUCUGUUUACCACUUCCAACAAUCCUGAUGUGUGGAUUCCUGCUUACAAGGUAUCACGAUGGUACUCACUGUUCUUUGUUUUGUACAUCUUAUUGGGGGUGUACUUCGUCACAAACUUGAUUCUUGCCGUUGUGUAUGACAGUUUUAAAAGUGAGCUUGCAAAACAAGUUUCUGAGAUGGACAAUAUGAGGAAAAGUAUACUGCUUAAGGCCUUUCAUUUGAUGGAUAGAUAUAACCUUGGAUAUUUAAAUAAAGAGCAAUGCCUUUGUCUAUUUGACGAAUUGAAUAAAUACAGGACACUGCCGAAAAUAUCAAAAGAAGACUUUGGAUUGAUAUUUGAUGAGUUGGAUGAUAGUCAUGAUUUCAAGAUUAAUGAAGAAGAAUUUGAUGAUCUCUGUCAUGCCAUUGCUCUAAAGUUUGCUAAGGAAGAUAUUCCAUCCUGUUUUGAAUUUGUUCCAUGGGUUUACUAUUCUCCUGUAUCUGAGAAGUUGAAACGCUUUAUUCGAAGUGACACUUUUGCAAAUAUUAUUGCAUUCCUUUUAGUGAUCAAUUUGAUUGCAGUGAUAAUUGAAACCACGCUUGAUAUAGCAGAUAGUACAGCUCAGCAAUUUUGGCAAAUUGUAGAAUUUGUAUUUGGUUGGAUAUAUGUCCUUGAAAUGGCUUUAAAGAUCUAUGCAUAUGGUUUUGUGAAUUAUUGGAGAGAUGGUCAAAAUCGCUUCGAUUUUGUCAUAACUUGUGUGAUAGUUAUUGGUGAAACAGCAACCUUUAUCUCACCUCAAGGCCAAACUUUUCUUUCUAAUGGAGAAUGGAUCCGUUAUCUCAUACUUGCUAGAGUAUUACGCCUAAUAAGACUGUUGAUGCGAGUCAAGCGCUACCGAGCCUUUGUUGCCACAUUCUUGACUCUAAUUCCCAGCUUGAUGCCUUAUUUGGGGACAAUUUUUUGCGUCAUGUGUAUUUACAGCUCUCUUGGUGUACAGAUUUUUGGCGGGCUAGUAAAUGCGGGAAAUGCUGCAUUAGAGGGAACUGAUCUUGCAGGAAACGACUAUUUACUCUUUAAUUUCAAUGACUAUCCAAAUGCAAUGGUGACAACAUUUAAUUUAGUUGUCAUGGGCAACUGGCAAACCUGGAUGGAGACAUACAGAGACUUGACAGGAACUUCAUGGACUCUGUUGUACUUCAUUAGCUUUUACGUCAUCACCGUGAUGCUUAUUUUGAAUUUGAUUAUUGCAUUUGUGUUGGAAGCAUUCUUCUCAGAACUGGAGCUCGAGGAAUCAAACGAACCUGAAGCCGGGGAGGUCAAAGGAAGAAGUGGACACCGCCGAUAUACUGGUCAUAAAUCACGAAGCCAAAGAGUUGAUAUACUACUACAUCGUAUCUUAAGCUCCGAGCUCGACAAAUCAGAGGAGGCUUGUGAAGCCGAGGCAUAGGUCUUUUCUUUCACUUCCUUUUGCGUCCUUUACCUAUUUUCUUCUUAAUUAUGUCUACGAGUGCUUGAAGAGGAGUUUUCUUAGUCGAUGCAGAGGUGGUUAUGACUCGUUUUACCAUUGAUUGAGCAUCGCACAAUUACCUACACACUUUUAGAUGCGAGGAUUAAAGGUCUCGAGAUGGUUCACCAUUAUUUCCGAUUUUUGUGGUUAGUUACUUUCACCGUUAUUCAAUAGUCACUGUAUUUGAUAUAUGUACAGUGUAUUUUGUUUGUGUGAUUUACUUGUGCAGACGACGAUUAGUUUGCUAAAUUUUCCAUUUUGUCCGCUUUGGUGGAUUUGCUACAUUUUCUUGUUAAGACAUGGAUUCACCCUCUCUCGGAUAUUCUCAUCCACACAUUUCAAUUACAAUGAUUUAUCAUAUAUGUCUUAGAGCUACGUUCUUUUGGAUUCAA